CACUGCACCACACUGUCCUUCUGUCCAGUCCUCUAUCACAGCAGCGUCUCAUUCCCCCUCUUUCUGUCUCUCUCUCUCCCAGGCGCGCUCCCUCUCUCCGUUAUAUCGGCGGGAGAGUGAUUCACCCCCCUCCUCCUCCCCCAUCGCUCUUACUGGAUUGUACAGACAGAGGCAAGCUGAGGACACAGGAGAGGAGAAAAAGGGCUCGAUCAGGGAAGGAAGACGUGGAAACACUACACACUGGAUAACAUUUCCUCUUCUGGCAGGGGGCUACAGAGCAACACAGUGACACUGCAGCAGUAGCAGCAAGCAGCAGUCUGGACUACAGCUCUCUGAGGUAAAAAACCAUGCGUUCCCGUAGCAACAGCCUAGAGGACACAGCAAAGGCCAAGCUGGCUCAGCACCAGGCACGAUCACAGCGGCGGGCCACAGAACGUGAGGAGCCCCAGGGCAGGGGUGCAGGACGGGCCAGGCACAGGGAGCCCCCCGAUGACACAGGCACAAACACAGGCACUGUCCAGAGGAAGGAAAAGGAGGGCAGUGGCAGCAGUGGCAGUGGCAGUGCCAGCAGUAACAGUCGGAGGGAGAAGGCAGCAGGCGGGAAGACCAGGGACCUCUCCCGGGAUGACCUUCUGUUCCUUCUCUCCAUGCUAGAAGGAGAACUGCAGGCCAGGGACGAGGUGAUCACGGUGUUGAAGGCUGAGAAGAUUGACUUGGCCCUCUUGGAGGCCCAGUAUGGGUUCGUCACCCCACAGAAGGUCCUUCAGGCCCUGCAGAGAGACACUGUCCAGAGCAAGGCUGAGAGCUUCCAGGAGGACAUCUACGAGAGGCCCAUGGCUGAGCUGGACAAGCUGGUGGAGAAGCAGAGGGAGACCCACCGUCGCAUGCUGGAGCAGCUGCUGCUGACUGAGCAGUCCCACAAGCACGCCCUGUACAAGCUGGAUGACGAGAAGAGGAACCAUGGAGACUUCAUGAGGAAGAGUGACGAGUUCACCAACCUGCUGGAGCAGGAACGAGAAAGACUGAAGUUGCUCAUUGACCAGGAAAAGGCCUAUCAGGAAAGGAAAGAGGAGGAGAACAACAAGAAGGUCACCAGCCUAAAGGAGGAGCUGACCAAGCUGAAGUCGUUUGCGUUGAUGGUCGUGGACGAGCAGCAGCGCCUCACAGAGCAAUUGACCCAACAGACUGCUAAGGUCCAGGAACUGACCGCCAGCGCCUCCCACACCCAGGAAGAGCUGAGCUCUGCUAAUGCAAAGGUGCAAGAGGGGGAGGAGAAAGUUUUUCGCUUGGAGACAGAGCUAGGUGACCAAUCCAGUCGCUUUCACCAGGAACAGGAGACCAUGACAGCCAAACUGACCAGCGAGGAUGCCCAGAACCGGCAGCUCAAGCAGAAACUGUCCACACUCAGCCGGCAGCUGGAUGAACUGGAGGAGACCAACAAGACCCUUCGGAGGGCCGAGGAUGAGCUCCAGGAGCUGAGGGAUAAGAUCAGCCGCGGGGAAUGUGGCAACUCCAGCCUCAUGGAUGAGGUGGAGGAGUUACGGAAAAGGGUUCUGGAGAUGGAGGGGAAGGACGAGGAGCUGGUCAGAAUGGAGGACCAGUGCAGGGACCUCAACAAGAAGCUGGAGAAGGAAGCCAGCCAAAGCCGUAGCCUGAAGGCUGAUGUGGACAAGCUGAACCACAGGAUCAUGGAGCUGGAGAAACUAGAAGAUGCGUUUGGCAAGAGCAAACAGGAGUGCAACGCGCUAAAGUGCAAUCUGGACAAAGAGAGGACAGUGUCAAAUGUUCUGUACAGGGAGAUGGACAUCCUGAAAGCGAGGGUCAAAGAACUGGAGGCCGUGGAGGUUCAGCUGGAGAAGACCGAGCUUACACUAAAGGAAGACCUCACCAAGCUGAAGACGCUGACGGUCAUGCUGGUGGAUGAAAGGAAGACGAUGGCGGAGAAACUGAAAGCGAUGGAGGACAAGGACCAUAACAGCACUGGCAAACUGCAAGCUGAGCAGGACAAAGUCACAACAGUAACAGAGAAGCUUAUCGAGGAGAGCAAGAAAGCCCUAAGGUCGAAUGCUGAGCUUGAGGAGAAAAUGUGUGGCGCCACCAAGGACAGGGAUGAACUCAAGGCCAAGCUCCAAGCCGAGGAGGAAAAGAGCAACGACCUGCAGUCCAAAGUUACCAUGAUGAAGAAGAGGUUGCAUUCACUGGAAGCUGCAGAGAGGGAAUUCCUGAGGAACAAAGCCAAAGAGGAAAACAUCAAGGCGCCCAUCGCCAACCGCUCCCAACAAGAGGACUACAAAGUCAAAGACCUUACACAGGAAGUUGAGCGCCUGAGGCGAAAACUUAAAGAUAUGAAGGUUGUCGAAGAUGACUUGUUGAAGACUGAGGAUGAGUUUGAGUCCAUGGAGAAGAGAUACUCCAGGGAACAAGAGCGAGCAAAGGCCUUGAUGGAGGAGUUGGAAAUAUCCAGAAAUGAGCUCUUAAAAUACCAACUGGCAGAGAAGCAAGAGUCCAACCAGGAGCACAUUCUCUACAAGCGUCUGAAAGAGGAAGAGGCCAAGUCCAGUCAUCUGACCCGAGAGGUGGCGGCCCUAAAAGAGAAGAUCCAUGAAUAUAUGGGCACAGAGGAAAACAUCUGUCGCAUGAAAAACGAUCACUCCACCUUGCAAAGAAAACUGACUCUGCAAGAGGUGAAAAAUAAAGAACUGGCCAGAGAGAUGGAGACCCUCAAUCGGGAGCUGGAGCGAUACCGUCGCUUCAGCAAAAGUCUCCGCCCAGGCAUGAACGGCAGACGUUUCUCAGACUUACAGGUGUGCACCAAGGAGGUACAGACAGAUCUAGCAGACCACCUUCGACCCAACUACAAGAGCAUCGCCCCAUUGGAGCGGGCCGUGGUGAACGGAAAACUGUACGAAGAGAGUGACUCUGAGGACGAUCCAAACUACAACAAUGAGCUGCCCCUCGCCCAAUGUAACCCCUCCCUCUUCAACAAUGUCAACAACCUCAACAACAACAUCAGGAGAGUCCCCUUUCUCAAAACCAAAGAAAGCCACAACCCAGUCAAUGGGAAAGUGCAGGUUCCCAGACAGAAUGGGAACCAUGUGCAGCAAGGAGACGUGUUUCUGACACACAGCCCCGGGCAACCACUGCACAUCAAGGUAACCCCAGACCACGGGCAUAACAUGGCCAUGCUAGAAAUCACCAGCCCCACCGCAGAAAACACCCAGUCAUACACCAGCACUGCAGUCAUCCCCACAAGCGGAGGUCCACCCAAACAAAGAAUCACCAUAAUUCAGAACGCAUCCAUCUCCCCGACUACCAGAAACAAAGCUCAAAGGUCCCCCUCGUCAGAUGGUUCCCCCUGCACUCCUGAUCGAGCCAUAUCUCCCUUCACCAUGGCCACCUACUCUAGAGCGAUGACCCCAGACUCCUCUGGGUCGGUCACACCAGACAGGGCUAUGUCACCCAUCCAGAUCGUGUCGGUCACAACAGGCACUCCUGACCGGUCCCUGUCCACGGAGCCAGUAGAGGUCAUGGGAGGUCAUGCAGUCUUCAGGGUGACACCAGAGAGGCAGAGCAGCUGGCAGGUUCAGAGGUCCAACAGCUCCGGCCCCAACGUCAUCACCACGGAGGACAACAAAAUCCACAUUCACUUAGGGAGCCCCUUCAUUCAGAGCUUAAACACUACACCCCAGCCUGUGAGCCCAUGCUACUCACCUGGGCAGGAGCAGAGAUCUCCUGUAUCAUCCAAUGGUACCCCUGUCAAAGGCAACAGCAAAAUCACAAGUAGCAUCACUAUAAAGCCAACAUCCACCCCAAUCAAAAAACCUUCACAAAUUACAAUCCCCUUGGAAGCAUUCCGACGCCCAGGUCCAACCAGGAUCCCCAAACCUAAAGCCUACGGUACAAAAGGAACAAACAGUGCGGUCAAUCCAGGGCAGAGCAAUAAAGGACAUCCCCAGACAGCUCUCUCCUCAGAGAAGACGCUACAGGGUACUCAGAGUGCAGCCAACAACCUAAAUGUGGUCAACCGCCCCACUAGAAUAUAACGUCACACACUUGGAUGUAUCAUCACAUUAUGAUCUCAAUUACGAUGUAUUCCUGUUGCUACAAAGACUUCUGCUUUUGUGUGCCUCGGUAUUGAUAAUGAAAACACCAAAAUAGGAAGAUGAGUAGGCCUAGGUUAACUAGCAUACGUGUUUCACAAAGAAAAAUUCACUGAUCUGUCUGUGUAAGCAGCAGGGGCACAACUUUUACUGGGGGGGGGGGGGGGGACAUGUCCCCAGUUUUAUAAUUGGAAUGUGAUACAAAACGAGGCAAUGGUGUACUUUAGGACCAUGUGGACGCCUCGGAGUGGUUGGGUAGGAAAAAUAAAAAAUGUAAUAUAUAUAUCAUGUCCCCCCACCUCUAAAACUACAGUUGCACCCCUGGUGAGCAGUAAUUGCAGUAAUUGAUCAAUUAUGAUAUAUAUAUAUAUAUCACAGGCUACUGUUCUUACUAAUACCAUUAAAAUAUGAAUGUGUAUUGUCCCCUUGAAACAUGAACUGUAGACCUAUCUAAUUUACAUCCACUACUUAAUUAGUCUAAUUCUAUGAGUGGCCAAAAAAAGGAAUGCUAUUAACAGUUUCAAUAAUGUACAUGUGUAUUAUUGGUAUUUUAUGUUGAAUGUGACCGCCUCAGUGAUGAUCUCUGAAAUGUAAUGAUCAGACUAUUAAUUGGUUAUCAAUAAAUAUUGUUUUUAUACCUACAUAUAUAUAUAUACACACAUUUACAUGUUAUGUUAUAUAUAAGAAACCCAGCUUGCUCUGCCUGAAAUAUGGGACAUAAAAAAAACUCCCAAUCUGGUGGGAAUAUGAAUUGUGCAAGCUAAUAAUUGUUUUUUAAAAAUGGGUAAUUCUCACAGUAUUCCAUCACAGAAUUUCACCACUGUGUAAAUGAUCCUCCAAUUGCAAAGCACACACCUGUUUCGACGAUGACAAAUAAUUUUGAUGGGUCAGUCAGGUGAUCAGAAAACCACACCUGCGUGGUUCAUUCUUUGCGGGAGAUGCAGAUUAUCUGUGAAGUUUUCUUAGCAGUAGCCUCCAACCUGUUAUAUGAGGUACUCCAAAUUCAUGUCCGGGUGAGACAGAUGGGUAUCCAGAUAGGCUUGGAUUUGUUCCCAGCCGUGUGGUGGGGGAAGGGAAUGAGGAAGUAGAUGUGCUGGCUAAACAGGCCCUUAGGAGAGAGGAUGUGGAGAUGCCGAUUAGCAAGGAAGAGGUUUAAGGGAGUAAGGACAGUCGUGGUGCAGAGAUGGCAGGAGCAGUGGAACAGCAACACUAAGGGCAGGGAUCUAUUCCAAGUACAGAGGAAAGUUGGGGAGGGGAGGACGGCAGGAAGAGAGAAGAGAGGAGGACAUCUUUACAAGGCCACGGGUGGGACACUGCAGGUUGAAUAAGACAUUUAAAUGUGAUAGGAAAGCAUCCAACAGGAAUGGGUUUACCCGGCAGGUUAGGACAAUUUACCCGGCAGGUUAGGACAAUUUACCCGGCAGGUUAGGACAAUUUACCCGGCAGGUUAGGACAAUUUACCCGGCAGGUUAGGACAAUUUACCCAGCAGGUUAGGACAAUUUACCCGGCAGGUUAGGACAAUUUACCCGGCAGGUUAGGACAAUUUACCCGGCAGGUUAGGACAAUUUACCCAGCAGGUUAGGACAAUUUACCCGGCAGGUUAGGACAAUUUACCCAGCAGGUUAGGAUAAUUUAGCCAGCAGGUUAGGACAAUUAACGUAGCAGGUUAGGAUAAUUUAC